CGCUGAUCACAACAGCUCCAGCGUUUUCGAUAUAUUUUAGACGCUAGCCGAACAGGUGUGAUCUCCACCUCAGUUCUGAAAGCUCUUCACGCUUCCGUCGAAACCUCUAGACUUCCAGCGCUAUCAUUGGCCAGACUUAUUUCGAGACAUGGCGGACACUGCAGUUCCGGCACCCGUUCAGUUGAACCAAUUUCUCGUCAGGCCCGUCGGUUGCAAACGAAGCAGAGACGCCACCAAUGGCGCUAUGGCAAGCCACGCCUGCUCCGCUUAUUCAUACGAGUCGGGCCUGAACGAUCUGCUAUUGACGCUGAUGCAGGAGCAACGGGAGCAGGAGCGCCAGCAGCAGCAGCAGCGCCAGCAGCUGCGUCGUCAGCUGUUGCUUCGCGAGUGCGCGACAGCGCUCCUCGCGUCCGUGACGACGGCUUCGCACCGUCUCGGCGAUGCGGCGUGCGGCGUCGCGCCGUCGCUACCAAAUCUCUCGUCGCACUCGACAGUUGAAUCGUCCGCGGCAGCGGGGUGCUAUUUGGUGCCCGCCGCCGCUGACAUGCGAGUUUUAUCCGCGCACACAGCGACCCUCCCCGUAGCUUCUCAGGCUGAGGAUUUCCAUCAUCGUCUGAAGCGUCCUCGCUACGAGGAACUCGCGCAUGCAGGACGCGAUCGCACUCACGGUGACGUUUACCAGCCGCAGCAAACCGAGUUUUGCCAGCACGUAUCGGCACAGCAAUCGCACCCGCUGGCGUCGCGGGGGCUAGACACGGGGGUGCUUUCCGCGCUGAUUCAGCAGGCGGUAGCGGGGCAAGUGCGCGCGGUCGUCUCCGCGGCGCUAGAAGAAGCCGCCGGGAGCAAGCGGCGAGUGGCAGACUUGGAGCAGCAAGUAUCCGCGUUGCAGACGAAUCUCGCUUCUGCACACAACCUGCUUGCCGCGUCCCAGCGUACAGUUUCUGCUCUUCAGCGCUCGCUUGAAAACUCCGAGCAACAGCUUCAGCAGGAGCUGUUCCGCGAAGGUUCUGGCGACAGUGAUGACGUGGCAGUAGGCAGAGGGGCGGGCGUGGGGCAAGUGGAGGGUCAUGCGGAGGACGCGGUUUCUGUGUGCGAGGGCGGACCUAUUUGCGAAAAGGGCGCAAGUUUUUGUUUUUUUCCUUCGGGCAGGUGCCCAUCCGCGCCUGCAGUUCCGAACCAAACGGGCACUUCUGUCAAUGAGAUACGCCUGAAGCACGUCUGCCGAGCCUGCAAGUUUGGCGAAGCCUCGGUGGUGCUGCUGCCUUGCAGGCACUUGGCGCUAUGCCGAGCCUGCGAGCCACGCACGGCAGCAUGCCCGGCCUGUGGCGUGUCCAAGCAUGCUAGUGUGCACAUAUCCCUGGAGAACUGAGAACAAGUUUCGUCUCGACUACAAGCUAACUACUGACAUGGUUCUGUAUUGCUGCAAGCUUAGAGCUUCCUCAUGUAUCCAGAACGCAUUAGCACUCCUUUUCUCUAGCAUAGUGAGCACGUUACUAGUAUUUGUGUUGUUCCAGCAUGUAGAUUGUGCUUUGUCUGUACAUUUGGAAAUUAAAGC